AUGUGCGACACGUUGGUCCUAUUACUCCCUGGCGAGGGUGAUGACAACAUCCCAAUUCUUUCAACUGUUGCAAAGUCUAUCGACGAAGCUUUAGGAGGUGCCAUUGGCUCCUACAUCAAGGAAGAAUCCUUUGAAGCCAAAGCCGGAGCAGCGGCCAUGUUUCCGGUUUUUGGCAAGGCCGUGAAGCGCGUGGUCCUCGUGGGUCUUGGUGACAAAGAGCCUUCCCGUGAAGCUGGCGCAGCCAUUGGCGGAGCCAUCAAGAGACUGAAGGGUGGUUCUGUCGGAGUUGCCCAUGCUGAAGGAGUCGAAGCGCAGGCUUUGGUCGAAGGCUUGCUGCUAGGCCUUCAUGCAGACAAGCGAUUUCAGGGCACAAAGACGCCAGAGAAAGACAAGGCACCCAAGGGUCCGGAGAAGGUUGAGAUGCUCGGCUACUCGAGUGCAGAGGACAUUGAGAAGGCAGGUGCCAUCGCUGCUGGGGUGGUUUUUGCACGAGAGCUCGUGAAUGCGCCGGCCAACAUCGUGGAUCCCCUGAAUUUGACUGCUGCGGCUGCGGAUAUGGCCCAACGCCUCGGACUGUCCUCCAAGAUCCUGGAUGAGAAGGAGUGCGAAGCGAUGGGCAUGGGCUCCUUCUUGGCAGUGAGUCGAGCUUCCAACUUGGGGGCCCGGCUCAUUCAUCUCACUUACUCACCAGGUGGCGAGGUGAAGAGAAAGCUGGGCAUCGUGGGAAAGGGCUUGACCUUCGACUCGGGUGGCUACAACUUGAAAGGAGCAGGCUCCAUGAUCGAGUUGAUGAAGUUUGACAUGGGUGGCUCAGCAAGCACCCUUGGAGCUGCAGCGGCAAUAGCGCAACUAAAGCCCAAGGAUGUAGAGGUCCACUUUGUCAUUGCCACCUGUGAGAACAUGGUGAGCGGCAACUCAGGCGCCCUGCGGCCUGGUGAUAUCAUCACCGCAAUGGAUGGAACCACCAUUGAGGCGAUCUGGGCAUAUCUGGGCGCUGAAGCAAAGACAAAAACCAAAGAAGAAAUAGAUGAAACAAGGAAGGUAAGGAAUGCCGAGACGAAUGCUCAGUUGUGCCAUGAAGCCAGCCUGGCCCAUAGCCUGGUGCAAGCUGCCACCUCAUUUGGAAGCUACGCAAAUGUUACAGAAGAAAGGCCCGGUCACAGAGGCUCACGCAACAAGAAGAACAAUAACAACAACAACAAUCAGGCCGAAGACGAUCUACGCAAAAUGGACGCUUCACUCCUUCGGGACGAGCUCGACCAAGUGAAGUACAAUCAUUUUCGGCGCUUCGACCAAGUGUUUUUUGUUGUUGAGGUGCAGAUCGUCGUUGCCAUCAUUAGUGCUGCGCUUUCGAGAGGCGUAAGGUGGUAUCUCUCACCCAAAAGGGAUGGAGGUAAAUGGACUGCUGAGUGGACGCCUCGUCGAUCAAAUGCAGAUGCUGAAGACAGAAGUCGAACCCUGACAAUCCCCCUGGAUGUUGACAUCUACGGAGCAGCGGUCUCCUCUUGCAUCCGGGACAUGCAGGUUCUUGCCCUUGGUUCCCACCAGAACGCAGAUGAAAGCAUCCGGGCCUUCCGCAUCGUAGCAUCCCUGUUGAUGCUUUGGACAUGUAUUUUCGUCCAGGGGUUUGUCAGCUAUAUGGCUGCCUCCCAACUCUCUUCCGAUGUCAUUUUGAAAUUCCGCAGGCUCUAUGACAGUUACGAGCUGAUGGUCUACCGUGGAGAUUCGCUGCAAUUGACACCCAACGGCUUUCACCGUGGGCAGCCUGCAGGCUAUCGCCCUGCUGGCUUCGCCUAUUUGAGCGAGGACAAGAUGCAUGAGAUUUGUCAGAUGCCACUUGCAAACGAUCUCUUCCUCUUGGUGGUUUUGUUGAUCUGGACGCUUUCGUGUGUAGUCGACUUGAGGAGAGCUAUUUGCAUGCUGAUGGACUUCACCAUCACGCUGCCAACAAAUCCUUUGAAAGAUUCCACCAUCGUGGCAGAAGCUGUCGAUGGGGAAGAUGGUGAUGUCACCAUCGUUGGAAUUCCUGUUGGAAUGCGGAUCUUCUUGACGUUGGCCGUAUUCUUACCGCGCUUGAUACUGGACGCUGUGAUUCUGUAUUUGGGAUGCCGGUGGCUUGUGGCCACAAGUGACAUGGGUGAUCUCAUUCUGAAUGCAGUGGCACUGGAGUUUGUCUUGGUUCUAAACUCUUUAGUGUGUCAGGCGUUGGUGCCGGUGCAUGGGGUGAACGGUUUGGAGCGCACCAAGGUCCUGUCGACCUCCUCGCGGCAUGACUCUGCCAUGAUGGCCUUGGGCGUGAACAACACAGACGCUGAAGGGCGCUUGACUCUCGCUGAUGCUCUCCUCUAUUGCCAGCAGCAGGGUGUCACAGAGGUGAUUGACAUAGCUACACUCACUGGUGCCUGCAUGGUGGCGCUCGGAAAAGACAUCACAGGCAUGUGGAGCAACUCUGAUGAACUUGCUGCCAGCCUGGAUGCUGCUUCCAAAAGCACUGACGAGAAGCUGUGGCGGAUGCCUUUGGAGGAUGGAUACUUUGAGGGGCUGAAAAGUGACUUCGCAGAUAUGAAGAACACAGGGCCGCGCUUUGGCGGUGCAAUCACAGCAGCUCUUUUCUUGCAGAAGUUCAUUCAGAAGGAGGUCAACUGGGCACACCUGGACAUUGCCGGCCCAGCAUGGGCCGAGAAAGCCAAGGGCAUCUAUGGAGUCGGUGGCACAGGGGCUAUGGUCCGUACUCUGACAAACUUCGCCUGCAAAGCCUGA